GGAUCCCAACCUUAUUGAGCUGUUGUGGGAACAGCUUGACCGUAUAAAGUGCCAAUAAAGACAAUAUUUUCAGAUAACCUCAACAAAUUGAAAACUAGAAUGCCAGAGGUCUUCAAGGCUGUUUUUGUUUGACAGACCCAACUAUUAUUUGAAUUAAAAAUAAUUUCGAAAUGAGCCCAAACCUUUGUAGGGUAGUGUAAACCUUUAAAACCUUUCCGUUUCUGUUUCCUGGAAUGGAAAACAGAGUCCAAGGGCUACGUGGAGGCAAUUAUAGUUUUUAUGGCAAUCAACCCCAGGACAUCAAGAUAAGACCAAGGGCAUGGAUAUAAAGCCAGGGUGUAUACUGACACUCAUUUGUCAAAGGCCAUUAAAAGAAAGGAACACUUGAGUGCAACGAUGAACUCUGCACAGACAAACCCGAUGAACAGACUGGAGGAGCUGGAAUGUCACUUCACUUGGAAGCUGGAUGCCAGCCGGUACAAGCUGCUAUGUAUCAGAGAUCACCUGAAGGACAUGGGGAGCGACAUGAGCUAUCCAUGGCAGGGACAGAAGUAUAACCUGUUGGCUUAUAUACACUACACAUUGGGCUCCAAAGAUAAUGCCCUGCAGUGCCUCAACAAGGCAGAGAAAGCCUUUCACCAAAGCAGUCCUUGCGAAACAACAGGGCCUUGGAUGCUAGCCACCUAUGGCAACUUAGCCUGGGUGUACUAUCACCUGGACAACCAGGAAGAGAGCCAGGGGUACAUAAAGAAGAUUGAGGAACUGCAACGGGACUACCCCUCACCGUUCCAGGGGGAACAGCAUCCUGAGGUAUUUGCUGAAAAAGCCUGGACCCUGAUUAAGUUUGACCAGGACAAAAAAAAGAAAGCGAUUGAGUAUUUCCAAAUAGCGAUUAGGAUGAAACCCGACCAAAGGGAGUGGCACUCAAGCUAUGCUUUGGCCCUAGAAUCAGUGAAAACAUUUCCACCGAACCCUGAGGUUUUAGAUAAAUUGAGACUGGCCAAGGAGCACGAUCCAGACAACUUGUAUGUAGCAAGUGUCUACCUGUUACAACUAGGUAAGGUCGCCCAGAAUGAAGCAUGUCAGCUGGCACAGCAAAUUCUAAAAAAGCCCGUCAGCUGUUAUAAUGGUCUUAAACCCUUAAUAUCGUUUUACAGUGCACAUUUAUCACGCAAUGAAGCUAUUGAUCUUGCAGACAAGGCUCUGAAAAGGCAUCCAAAUGAGCGCUUCCUGAAAAAGUGUCUAGCAGAGUCCUACAAGUGGAAGAUUUGCUCAAGUGAGGACAAUCCGAGGAGGGAGAGCAUGAUCCACAGAGCCAUUGGUCUCUACACCGAAGUGAUCUCACACUACCCAGUGACAUCAAUAAAAAUGAAGCUGGGCCUUGCAUGCAUCUAUGCAGAAUCAGAAAUGGACAGGAGGGAACUUGCUGAUCAGAUCUAUAAAGAUCUAUUACUCUCCAGUGUCCAGGAGCCAACCCUGUUACAAAUGCUGUAUCACCGAUACGCUACAUAUCUGAAUUAUAGCCAUAAAGAUGACAACAGAUCAAUUGAUUAUCACAUGAAGGCAGCAGAAAUAUCACAUCCUAACUAUUAUGGUAAAAAGAGUUUAAACAUUUUGAGUAAAAUCGCACAACGAGGAAGAAAUCGAAGAUGUGCAGAAAUUCAUGAAUUUCUCAAAAACUUAGAGGUUGAUGAGCAAUGAGUGAAAUGAACUAAUCAAAAAGGUAAACAAAAUUGAUGGUAUACAAUUAUGUCUAGGUUUUAUGCUUUUGGGGCUCUUUAAGACGUGGUUGCAGAAAACUGUAAACUCCUUUGAAAGGGCAAUGGAAAUUAAAUGUAAGUAAUUCCCCCCACCACAUCAGCAAAACAUAAUUUCGAAUGGGGCUGGGGAUGAGUUCUUUAUUUGUAAGAAGCUUUCUGGAAAACCCACAGUAAUGAAUCAUUUCAAUCGGCAUAUGCAUUAAAAUACAACCAUUUCCUCA